AAAUAGAAUCAGUAUGACUGUAGCACUUUUAGGGACACUCCAAGGAUUUUACAUCCACGCUUGCAACAAGACUUGAUUCAAUUCUUAUGCUGAACGGGACGUAUUUCGAAAAUGGAGGCAUUCACAAAACUCGGAGUGAUGGACAUUGAUCUGUCCCCAAAUGAAUAUAAAAACGACUUUUUUUCGAUGACGUCGAGCUCAUCACUUGAAUCCGGAUAUGAAAGUGUGCGACAAACAACAAACUCAACAAACUCAUCGUUAGAUCAUUCAACUGAUUUUGACUCAAUGUCUUCGGAAGAACAGUUCCCCCAAACCAGUGAUGAGGCCUGCUGUGUAUCUGACAUCAGUAAUGUCAGGAUUGAACACACUGAUGAAAGUACGAAAUUGCGUCAGAUCGGAAACAAAUGCUGUAAACGAAAGCUUACUGUUACAACGAAGCAAGUGGAUCGCAUGGAACCUGCCAUUGAAGAUCAUAAAUCAAUGCCUAGUCCCACCAAGCUCAUGAAAACCUUACCGAUACAGGAGUCUUGCCGUGAACAAAAACCUUGCUCUCAUGACGAAAACAGAUGCGACAGUAUUGAUACAGUUGAAGAGAGAGCGCCUUCAUUCGACGAAUUAGAUUUACCCGACGGCGUAAGGAGACUAAAUUGUGCUUAUUAUGACAACAUCGUCAGGGAAGAAACACGUAGUGAGCGUAAGUGUUACCAAAAACGCUUGCCUACAACACAGACGUCCCAGAUAAAACGGAAGAACUCGAAUAAAGGAUGGCUCCAGAUUGAUUCACAACCAGAUGGUCAUUUUAUAUCAGAGUGUUCACAAGAGUUCCCGUAUUUUAAGUCUGGUGAUCGCUUAAUAAGCGUCAACGAGACUGAUACAGGCAACCUACAUCAUCAGGAAGUAGUCAGAUUAUUGUAUAACUUUAUACAGAUGGACACGAAUCAAUCAAUGAUGAUAGAGAUACAUCGACAUCAUGAAGAGGAUGAUGAAACGUUUGAGAUUCUAACAUUUGAAGUCAAGAUAGAACUCCUUGAAGAAGAUGGUGAGAAUGGGCAGUCCAUAGGUAUAUCUACCAGAUUACUUGCAAGAGUUUUCCGAAGUUUUCGGAUAAUUUAUAACCUGGAAUAUAAUGGAAAGGAGAAGUGUUGGAUAUCGCACUUCACCAACAGUAGAAAAAUGUACCUGUGUCCGAAGGAUGGCCAGUCUGGGAGUUUAACUCUGGAAAACUUACCAAGCUUCAACGAACCAAAAUUCCAGUUCACUAGAUGCAUAUAUCACGGCUUUCGAAGGCAAGGGCACAACAAUAAUGGACUGUAUCUAAUUACACUCGUGUCCGAAGACACAUAUAAGUUCAUCUCUGUUGGAACGAAAGGCAAUGUACAGUUAAAGGGAAACGAAGAAGUUGGGCCACACAGGACUUCCAUAACGGGUCCACUUCCCCAAAUGUUUAUCAGCCACCCAUUCAAGCAGCGGGAAUGUGAUUUUUACCUUGAGUCACUUAAUCAUGAAGGUUGGUUCCUGCGAUGGAAUACUAGAGAGACAACCAUGGAUAUUAAAAGAGUGGAGGAUGUCAAAAAUCUACGAGGAGGACAAUCAGAUCUCCUGUUUUCUAUUUAUACGUUAAGUGACUUGCACUGAAUACACUAUCCCAAUAGCUCCAUGUUCUGUAAGUUGGAAUGUUAAGUCGUGAAUUGAAGUGUUAAGUCAUAGCCGUGGAGGAAAACGUUCUGCAGCUAUUUUUGUUCAUGGCAGGACGUGACAACAUUAAAUCUAGACAUUAUGUUCCUCGAUCUGUCUGCCGUUCCUUCGUCUGACAGGAUAUAUAAUCUACCCAGAUCUAUGACGACUUACUGACUCGUCGAUCAGUGGCAGUAUUACAAAUAUUAGAUUAGCCGUCAUUAGCCUUGUAAUAUGGCUGUCAUAGAAUUAUUUUGUCGCCGUCGUUCAAGUGGUUGUUUUCAUGACUUAUUUUUGUAAUGAAAUACGACAGACUUAUUCAAAGUAAUACCAUCUCAGAUUUUAAUUAUGUUUCAAUUGAUCUGAAACCGUUUUACUGUUCAGUGCACGGAAUGGAAAUUUAAAAAGUUUUACCCACGUUUUGUUUUAGGAUUUUCAGUAAAAAUAAUCUAUGAAAGUUAAACUUUCAUUAAAUGAAACUGAAAUUGCAUUUAUGAAGACAAAGUAAUUUUCUACAAUGAUUUAAUGGAAAGAUGAAAUUAUAAUUAAACAGAAAAUGACUUACGGUUUAUUUCAAACAUCGCAUUGUUGUUAUUGUGUUGAUACAACUGAUACAGUAUGUGUAAAGUCAGCUUUGUUUCUCAAUCUAUUGAAAUAAUUAUACUUACGUAACUUAUUUGAUAUUUUUCAUCAACUUGAGUAUUUAUCAACCUCAAAUGUAGAUCUUUUGAAACCUUCUAUUUGUGCAUUUGUCAAAAUUGAUUUUCAUUGAAAACUUCUUAUAAAAAAUGAUAUUUAUACUACAUGUAUAUGUGUGUUUGUUCAUUAAAUGAAUU